CACACAUCCACUCACUCCCACGCACUCACAGGGAUCAGAGACACUCCAGAUAGAGACGUCACCUCUCUGCCCUCUUCUUUUGCUCUUUGGACCUCGGAAUUUUGGAUCUCUUAAUGAGCUGCUCCCCAUCUGCGAAGUGAGUGAGAGUUGCAUCUCUUCAGACUUCCCCCUUACAGCUGACGUUGACUUUCAAAAAGCCUGAACCGUUGGGGGAAUACUUCCUGGCUGAGUGGGAUCUGGAUCUGAUUAGAGCGUGGAUCCGUUAAGCUUGAUGCUGCAGACAUGUAGCCAGAGCUGGAGCAACUGUGAGACCAGGGGGAUUGUGGAAGUGAAUGAAAGCUUUAUGCGAAGAUGGAAAGAGAGAUGCUUUCCCGAGAGCGCCCGUGUGUGAUGAACCUGGAGCGCAGCGAAAGAGGGGAGCGCCCUUCUCCCCGUGGCCCGGAGAUGGAGCCUCAUGCUGGGGGAAAGAUGGGGAAAAUAUCUGUGGGCUUCCAGAGGAGCUCCACCUCAGAUGAUGACUCUGGAUGUGCGUUGGAGGAGUAUGCGUGGGUGCCACCGGGACUCAGGCCUGAGCAGGUCCAGAUGUAUUUCUCCUGUCUGCCAGAGGAAAAGGUGCCAUACGUCAACAGCCCCGGAGAGAAGCUCAGGAUCCGACAGCUCCUCUACCAGCUGCCGCCGCAUGACAACGAGGUGCGUUACUGCCACUCUCUGACGGAGGAGGAAAAGAGGGAGAUCCAGAUGUUCAGUGCCCAGAGGAAGAGGGAGGCACUGGGGAGAGGAACACCCAAGAUCCUGCCCCGAGCUCUGCACCAUACCCGCUGUGAAAAUUGUGGCGGAGGCAUCAAUGGAGGGGAGAUGGCAAUUUUCGCCUCCAGAGCAGGGCCGGGCCCCUGCUGGCACCCAGCGUGCUUUGUGUGCGCCACAUGUCAAGAGCUGCUGGUGGAUCUGAUAUAUUUCUACCAAAAUGGCAAGAUUCUCUGUGGACGACACCAUGCUGAGCUUAUAAAACCACGGUGCUCUUCUUGUGACGAGAUCAUCUUUGCCGAUGAGUGCACUGAAGCAGAGGGUCGUCACUGGCACAUGAAGCACUUUGGCUGUUUUGAGUGUGGGACGAUGCUAGGGGGGCAGCGCUACAUCAUGAAAGAUGGCCGGCCCUACUGUACUGGCUGCUUUGAGUCAUUGUAUGCAGAGUACUGUGAGGCCUGUGGUGAAAACAUUGGUGUUGACCAUGCCCAAAUGACCUAUGAAGGUGUACACUGGCAUGCCUCAGACCAGUGCUUCUGUUGUGCCCAGUGCAAGACAUCCUUGCUGGGCUGUCCCUUCCUGCCAAAGCAGGGUCGCAUUUAUUGCUCAAAGGCCUGCAGUCAGGGGGAAGAUAUUCAUGCCUCCGACUCGUCUGAUUCUGCCUUUCAGUCUGCCCGCUCACGUGAAUCACGGCGCAGCGUGCGCAUGGGGAAGAGCAGCAAGCCUGCUGAACAGUGGAGACAGUCACAGCUGUUUAACCCCCCAGCUGCCGUCCCCUCGUUUGAGUACAAGUUUGGAGAUGGAGAUGGAGAAGGUGAAGGAGAUGGAGAUGCAGAUUCCAACAUAGGUAUCGUAGGGCGCAAGCUGUCCCGUCUCGGCCUGGAAGAAGAGAGGUUCUGGAGGGAGCGGGAGGAGCAGGAUGCUGGUGGAGAGGAGGAUCCAGAGGAGUGGGCCCAGCAUGAGGACUAUAUGACUCAGCUCCUUCUCAAGUUUGGUGACCGCGGGAUGUUACACCAACUUCAGCAGCCAUCCCUAAAAUCUCCCAGCACCAGCAGUGACAGAAACAGGCUAAUAAGUGUCUCUGACCCCUGGCUUAAGCCUGAUACUACAUCUUUGGGGGUUACCGCCUCCUCUCCCACCCCUGCCAGUCCCACCCAGAGCCAGACUUCCAAUCAAUCCCGAGCCAACAGUCUUAGCCCUGGACUGAUGAGCAAGAAGCACCUGCCUGAAAUGUACUGGGCCCAGUCCCAGGACGGGUUGGGAGACUCAGCCUAUGGGAGUCAUCCAGGUCCUGCCAGUGCCAGAAAGAUCCAAGAGCUGGAGUUGGACCAGGAUCAGGACCAAUCUGGGACAGGAAGACGGGCAUUCUGGCCAGACACCAGGCAGUGGUAUGAAGACUCCCUUGAGUGCAUCGCUGAUGAGCUGAGGAAAGCCGAUCAGGGUGCUGGAGACUCCAUGGACUCCCUGGCGCUCUCAAACAUCACUGGUGCAUCAGUGGAUGGAGAUGGCAGAGAUAGACCUAUAGUCUACAACCUUGCCAUGCAGGAUCCCACGGUGGCAGAUGACUGUGAGAACAUGAGCAACAUGGGAACCUUUAAUUCCUCUCAUCUGCACCACAGUGCCAACUCUCUCAACCUUAACAUGGAGAAGGGAGAUGUGGAGGAGAUAGCAUUGGCAAUGAGGGGAGGCACACCAGGAGGACUUCUCUCAUUGUCCCCGCAUUCGGAAGGCCUCCCGCCCUCAUUUGUCCAUGCCCCGGCUCUGAGGAGGAGCAAGUCCCAGUCCAGACCUCCUCAGAUGGUCAAGUUCUCAGAAGACACCGUAGACAAUGGAUAUAACGAUGGGUUUGAUGUAGAUAUUAGAAAGCAUCCCAUGAGUGAGAAGCCACAGCGGAGGGCCUACUGCACAGAUGAGAUGAGCCGAGAAAGAAGCCGCCCACUGAGCCACCAUGGGCGCAGGCCGCACCACCACCGGCACAACAGGAGCCGCAGAACCCGCUCAGACAACAACCUUCACAUGGUGCCUUUGGAGAAAGCACAGAGGCCAUAUGAGCCCCAGCAGCAGGGUCUGGUAAACCCUCAUUGUGGUGCAAUGCUCCUACAGCAUCCUGCACACAGGCUGCCCUUGGCCUACUCCCAAACCCGAUCUGACUAUAUGCCUCAGGGCUCAGCUCAAGGAGACCCACGAGUUGAGCAUUUCAUGGGUCUCUACAGAGAUGAGGAUGACUGUUGCUCUACUUGCUCUUCCUCAUCAUCAGACUCUGAGGAGGAGGGCUAUUUCCUGGGCCAGCCAAUCCCUCAGCCUCGAGCGGCUGGGCGCUACUACGCUGAGGACUACCCUACAAGGGUUACAGCCCUCCCUUCCCAGAGCCAUGGCUCACAGACUGGUCGCAGAAAGAGCCACCGCUCCAAAAAUUGUAUCAUCUCUUAACAGCUCGGAGUGUAUUUACAUCAUAGCCUGCACUACACCAAGCAAUAAAGUCAGAUUUUCUGAUCAUAUGAUGGUUUUUGCAGAUCAAAUCUGGAUUUAGGCAGUUUAAAGCAACCCAUGUGCACAGACAGCAUAUUAUGCCCUAACAGAAGGUGCAUUGCCAAAUGUCAAGAUGCAUAUCAUAUUUAGCUCCAAAUCUACUAAAAGAAGAAAUCAAUAUAAAACUGCUAAGAUAGAUCUGUGUAAUAUAUAGUCAGAAAAUCCGUUUUUUUUUUGUGUAUGUGCAAACUUGUCCUAUAUACUGGGUCUUUUUUAGCACUAACAUGAUGUAUGUACUGGUGAAUUUGGAAGCCUUUUUUUAGAGAGAGCAGAUCAGAAUUAUGCAGAGUUGGCAGAGUGGCAACAUUAAACCUUUUCUUUUAUUUCAGCAUUUGCCAAUACGUUUUUUUUUUAAUGUUUAAUGUUCAGUUAAAGUUUUGCAGCAAUAUCUUUGUGUGCACUAAAAUGGCAACACAUUGUACACAGAGGUUGAUAAAGUAGAAAAUAGAAAUCAAACAUAAUUAUUUAAUGCAUAAUAGUACAAAAUGAUAAUGUAUAUACUAAGUUAAGAUUUUAAUACUGGUAUUUUUAUAUCCGUGGUUUAAAGAUGUUUCUUUUUAAGUGUAUGAUAUAUUAAAAAAAGGUAAUGGUAAACAAACAGACCUCGUUAAUAUUUUGAGAAACAAAGAAGGUGCCACUUCACAAACUGUGUUCUUCACAGUAAAGUGCCAUGUGUUACUCUGUAACAAUGUCUAUUAUAACAUAUAUUCCACAAUGCUCACUAUUGGUGUACAAAAUAUUAAAAGAAUGGCAGUUAAACCUGCAUUUUCCAUAUUCAGCUGAACUGUUCACUACCCCUUGCUCUAACAUAACCAGAAAAAUGCUUUGUGAUGUAAAGACGCUUGUAAUAAAUACUUUUUCUCCUCU